AUGAAAAAUGAGCACCUGCAAGCUGCAAUCAUCCUUGAUCGUGGGGAUGAGACAUUUAUGCCGGGAGAUGUGGUUUCCGGAUCUGUCAAAAUGGUCGUUCUUCAAGAUAUCGAGAUUGCUGAGGCUCGUGUUUUAAUUGAAGGAAGCACUUUCAUCGAACUACAACGUGCCGGUAUGGGCAGCGCCCAAGGCGUCGUGGUCACAGCACAGGAACAAAUCUUCUUGAAGACGCAGGAGAAAUUAAUAAGUAACCAAGAGGGAUCUUCCAAGUUCUUUGCGAAAGGUCAAUUGGAACUAUUGGCAUUCAAACUGGAGAUUCCACUUCGUGCGAAUCAGGUAUGCAGUCACUCAGUUGACAACCAAGAACUCCGGGAAGAGCAUCGCCUUCUUCCUCCCUGUCUUUCUUUCGGUGGUCCUGAUACAGUGAAGAUCCAAUACCGCGUCAAUUUUAUCAGCAAGGGAAGGUCUAUGCGUAAUUUGCAUAGUCUGUUCACCACGCAGGCCGUCGCUCGCAAAUCGAUCAUUGUGGUUCCCACGCGGUCGACCCGGCCCAUGCCUCUUUUCACAGGCCCACGUUUCGAGGAAAAGUGCCUCGGAAACUUGUUUAGCACGUCUGAUCUGAGGGAAAUGCAAAUCUUAGCGCAUCAGCCACCGGCGAUUUUUGUCGAUGCCCAAAAAGCAGGACCACUUUCAACAGAGGCAAUAGCUGUGGGCUUGGUGCUGAAAGUCACGUCGAAAAGCGAAGCAGAUCUCCCUGGAGCCAUAGACGUGAAGAGAAGUCUUACUGCGUUGACAUUUUUAUCCACUGUGCCAUGGAAUACUAUUCCGACGGUUACUACCUAUAACCUGGGAGAGAGUCACUAA